GGUUGGAAACGACCUCGUUGGUGCAAGUGCGAUCUUAAAAAUCUGAGCAGUCUGUUCUAUGGGAUUACAAGUUGUGUUGCUCAUUCAAAGUGUAGAGGGAUUUACGUUAGAGGUAUGUCAUGAAGAAUGAACGGUAUAGGCAUCAGAUAGUGAUAUCUACAAACUGUGAAAAUUGCUGAGCAGAAGUAUGAAGAAUAAUUCUAAUCUGUCAGACUAAAACCAAACAUUAAAAAAAAAAAAAUGGCAUCAAAAGUAAAGCUGCGGUCCUCACCAAGUGGACAGUCUUUCAGAAGAACGUUACUUGAUCCUAUUAUGGCCAAAACAUGCUACUUUUACAAAGAUGGAGAUCUUAGGACAGACAAGAUAAAAAUUGCAAUACAUCCUGGACGAUAUCGAAGACUGGAGACAUUGUAUCAAGAAUUGUCCAGCAAGAUGCAAGACUUGCCUUAUGGCGUGAGAAGUAUUUUUACACCACAUGGGAAUGAUGCCAUCCGACUUAUUGAUGAGCUGGAAAAUAAUGGUCAUUACAUAUGCUCAACCUACAGACACAGAGCUGAAGGGUUAGAUUUAAACAGACUGAUCCCUCGUGUCCGCUGGAGCUACAAUAAGCCUCCUAGUGGCCAAAGAAAUCUUAAUGCCUUGCUUCAUGACCCUGACAUUGAAGAUCCCCCACGUGUGAAGAAAGCACGUUAUGCUCGUGAACAUCGCAUGGCUUAUGAAUACAACCGCUCUUUGCCAAAAAAAAUUACUGUGCUUCGUAAUGGAGAUCCUAAACAGCAACAUAUUUUGCUGAUCAACAGGAGAACAGCUCAGAAUUUUGAUCAGAUCAUGUCGGACUUGAGCGAUAUGUUUGGCUCAGCCAUACACACAUUGUACACAAUGGAAGGACGCAGAGUGUCUGGUUUGGCACAACUGUUCAAUGGACCAGAAGUGUUGAUUGCUGGUGGAAAAGAGCCAUUCCGAUAUAUGGUGGGGGAGUUUUUUGAACCUCGCCCACCAGCUGGCCAGCCACUAAAACACACAAGAAGUCGUCUUAACACUGGUGAUUUUGUUGCCAACAAAAUGAGAGAUCGUCGUGAUCGCAUGCUGAACACUAAGGGUCGUUGGAAAGUGUGGAUAACUACCAAUGAACUAUCCACAGCAGGAACAACAGCACAGGUAACCUUGACUGUGUAUGGGCACAAAGGCUCUAGCUCUCUACUUCCUCUUGGCUUUGGGGAUGGACAACAUUUUCAGAGUGGCCACAUUGAUGAAUUCGACAUAAAUGUUGGUGCCAUUGGUGAGAUUUACAAGAUACGCAUUGCUCAUGACAACACCGGAAGCUUUCCUGGGUGGAUGUGUGAUGAAGUGCGUAUGAUAGACAAAGACACCAAUGAGGAACUUAUCUUCACAGUCAAACGCUGGCUAGCUAGGGAUGAGGAUGAUCAUGAGAUAUGUCGAGAACUGCCAGUUGUUCGUCGUGGUGAUCCAAAUCUGCCAGUGAUCAAAUAUGAUGUUGCUGUGGUCACUGGAGAUCUGUGGAAUGGUGGAACAGAUGCUAAUGUGUAUCUCACCAUCUAUGGUGAGCGCGGAGACACAGGUGUUAGGCAGCUUUACUCUCCCUUUAAAGACAAGGUCUUCCGAAAAGGACAGGUGGAUCAUUUCACAAUUGAGGCAGUUUCUCUUGGGAAACUAAAGCGAGUCAUUGUUGGUCAUGAUGGGACAAGUCCAGGUGAUGGAUGGUUUCUUGAAAAAAUAGUUAUCUCAGAAUCUGAUGCCAAACCUCAUGAGACAAGUGUCUUCCACUGUAACAGGUGGCUUGAUGAGGGAGAAGAUGAUGGAAAGAUUGUUCGAGAACUGAGCAUGCAGGAUGGAUACAUGGAUGACAUCCUUGCAAAAAGAAAUUGGGAGAUUGAGAAAUGGAAAUUUGAAAACAAGAACCAAAUAAUGUUGUUUUCCUUGGUUACGGGCAAAGCACUUCGCAUCAAAGUAGAUGGCACAGUUGAUGGACUUGGAGAAAGAGCUGAUCCUGGAGGUACUAUAUUGGCCUUUUUUUGUUUGUUUUUGCAGCAACUUUUUUCAGUCUCAUCCAAGAAACCAAUGAUUCGCAUAUUUACAAGUCAACUAAAUUCAAACUUUCACUUAGCUAUUGAUAAUGGCAAAGUGGUUGGACAUGGUCGUGGAGGUCCAUACUGUGAGUUCCGAAUACAUGUACAAAGCAAUCUCACUGUGAUGUUGGAAGGAGUGAAGAGUCCUCUGCAGUUUGUUUCUCUUCUUGAAUCAGGAAAACUUGGAGAUCCUCGGGGCAUUCUUGAUCAUGACCCUGGAAAACACUUCCAUGUAUACUGCAAGGGUAUUUUACGCCAACAUGGAGUGAUUAUGCUGCGGACAUCCAACACCCAAGCAGUGAGUGUGGAUCAUGACCUCGAUGUGUCUGGCAGAGGCAAAUGCGGCCGACCAAGUCACUUUCGAGUGCACAAAAUUGAUCAAGGUGGGUGUCUGUUUGAGAGUAUGGUCUACCCAGAAAAGUUCCUUCGAUUAUUUGAUGGAAAAAUCGACUGCCAGGGUGGACGAGAUGAGAACUCCCAUUUUAUAGUGACAAAACAUAAAGACAAAGGCUACAUCACUCUCCAGUCUAAGAUACAGCGUGGCAUUUUCCUUGGUCUAACACCCAAAGGAGAAGUACGCCCUACUGUGGACACUGGCGUCAGUAAUGUCUGGCUUUUCCCAGAAGUUGUUGAGUUUGGGGUUCCCAAAGAGCAGCUGGAAGUAGAAUCAAAAAAGAAGAAAGAGGAGAUCAUACACGGAGAUUGGAAAGUGACAGUAGACACAAUUGAAAAUCUUGAGCAUGGGGAUGUUGUACUGGUGGUGUAUGGGGACAAAGGUAGUUCUGGGCCAAUCAACUUGGAACCACCUGUCAAGAAUGGACCAGCCUUCCGUGCUGGCAACACCGAUGAAUUUAAGACCAAUCUUCUCAAGGUAGGUCAGGUGUACAAGGUGCGUCUAGAGCUUCUUCCUAAAAGUACGUCUCGCUCUCCUGCAUGGAAAGUUGGGAGUGUCAAGAUGACUGAUCUGAAUGGAAAGAAUGAGCUGAUAUUUAAGUUCAACCGCUGGCUUUCUCUACAAUAUGAAGAUGGAGACACCAUGCGAGAGCUGCCGGUAGUCAACAAAGGCAAAGAAGUACUUCCAGUUCGCAAAUAUGAGGUCAUGGUGUACACAGGAAAAGAAGAGAAUGCUGAUACAAAGGCUCAGAUCUACUUGAAUGUAUUUGGGGAACAUGGUGACUGGGGAAAGCGUAUCUUGCAUAAGUCAAAUAACAAGAUUCCAUUCCAGCGAGAUCAAGUGGAUGUGUUUGAGGUUGAGGCAGUCAGCCUUGGACAUUUGUCACAAUGUCUGAUUGGUCAUGACAGUACCAAAGCUGGCGAUGGCUGGUACUUGGAAAACAUUGUUGUCAAAGAGGGAAAGAGUGGUAGUCAAUACACAUUUCCUUGCAAAAAGUGGCUAGACUCAGGAAAGGAAGACCGAAAAGUUGAGCGCAUUUUGCAUGUGAAGGAAUCAGACACUAAGCCAGCAACAGAACCUGCUCCAGAAGUUGUUGAGAGACAGAAGACUGAACCACCAGAUGAGAAACCACAGGCUGGUGACUGGAAGGUUCAAGUAACAACUGGUGCCGAUGAUGACAUGAGGUGUCUUGAUACUGUCAUCUUGUUUGCCUAUGGUGAUAGAGGUUUUGAUGGGCCCAUUCUUCUUGGGGAUGGUGCUGAUGGUGUAUUUUCUCCAGGCAUCACAGAUGAGUUUAAAAUCCACAUUGAUCCAGCCAAGACAGGUGAAUUAUACAAGAUCCGCAUAGGAUUGUCAGAAAAGAUAUUUAGAGCUCAGUGGUUUCUGGAAAAGAUGAAAAUGAUUGAUCAAGUGAAGGGGGAUAGCCUCAAGUUUGAUGUGCAUCGGUGGCUGUCCCGUGUUCAUGAUGAUAAUGAUGUCUGGAGGGAAUUGCCAGUUUCAUUUGCAGGAAAACAACCACUGCCAGUGCAUCAGUACCAGGUCAAAGUACAGACUGGAGAUAUAGCAGAUGCUGAGACAGAAGCAGAAGUUUUUAUAACAAUCUUUGGAGAAAGAGGGGACACUGGAAAACGCAGAUUAUACAAAUCUAAGUCAGAAGGCAAACCCUUUACUCGAGGAAAGGUGGACAUGUUUGUGGUGGAGGCAGUUUCCUUAGGAAUGCUGAAAAAAGUAGUGGUGCUACACAGAGGCUCUCAAGCUGGUGAGCGCUGGUACCUGUCUGACAUAACAGUUUCUGAGUCAGACAAGGCAAACAGUCUUCAGGUGUAUUUUCCAUGCAACAGAUGGCUUGAUGCUGGUAAAGAUGACUACAAGACAAAAGUAGAAUUAUUUCCUGGAGAAAAACCACAAGAGUCUAAAGGAGAAUAUCAGCUCUGGGUCAAAACAGCAGAUGAUUCAUCACCUGCCAAUGGAGGAAAAGUGUCAAUAGCAGUUUAUGGCAGUAAAGGCAGCUCCAAAGACAUUGAGUUGUUUGCUCCUAGUAAACUGUCUCAGCUUUUUGAACCUGGCAAUAUUGAUGAAUUUGAGAUUGCAACAGGAAAUAUUGGCGAAAUCUACAAGUUAAGAGUAAACAGGGAAGAUACAAAGUCCUGGAAAGCUUGGCAUCUGGAAGAAGUCAAACUACGUGACAAAGCAACUAGUCAGACUCUGGAGUUCAGAUUUGACUGCUGGUUCUCACGAGAUAUGGAUGACCAUGAAUUAGUGAGAGAACUUGCAGUCGUCAAGGACCGUAACCCUGUCUUUCCUGCUUUUCACUAUGAAGUGACAACACUUACGGGAGACCAUUGGGCUGGCGGAACUGAUUCCACAGUGUAUAUCACUUUGAAAGGAACAAGAGGUGACUCUGGUAAACGCAUUCUGUACACACCACAAGGCAAGAGAAGAGCAUUCAGACAGGGUCAGGAAGAUAAAUUUAACAUAGAGGCAGUUGAUCUGGGAGAUCUGAAGUCUGUGGUCAUAGGUCAUGAUGGCAAAGGUCCUGGAGCUGGAUGGUUUCUUGACCAGGUGGUGGUAAAAGUCAAGAAGGCAGAAGGUGGUAGAUUUACCUUUCCCUGUAUGCGCUGGCUUGACAGGGGUGAGGAUGAUGGCAAAAUAGAGAGGGAACUGAGGCAUAUUGGUGUCCCAGACAUGCUUCAUGUUGCUCCUUUGAAGAGCAGAAAUGACAGUACUGGAGAAUGGAAGGUACUAGUCAAGACCAGUGAUGUGGAUGGGGCAGCUACAAGUACCCCAGUCUACUUAACAGUCUAUGGGGUCAAGGGAACGACUCCAUUGCCACUAGGGGAUGACAGCCUCUCCUCUGAUUACUUCUUGCGUGGUAAAGAGUCAGAGUUCAGGAUCAAGCUGGGUAAAAUUGGAGAAAUUACCAAAAUUCGUAUUGGGCUUGACAACAAAAGCUCAGACCAUCGCUGGCAUGUGGACUAUGUCAAAAUGGUGGAUACUUUAACAGAUGAGGAGUACUUUUUUCCUAUCAAUCGCUGGCUGGCUGCUGAUCGUGAUGAUGGACAGCUGCAUCGAGAAUGUGCUGUGAUGUCACCAGGUGCAGCACCUGUCCCAGUUCUUCGCUACAUGAUCAUGGUUCAGACUGGCCGGCAGAAGUCAGCAGCUGCAUCUGGAGGCAACAUAUCGGUCACUUUGAUAGGGAGCAAUGGUGACACAGGACAGCAAACCUUGCAGUGUACAGUAUCAAACCCUGCAGACAGAAUGAUGUCUGGAAAAAUAGAUGUCUACAUGCUUGAGGCUGUCUCUGUUGGAACAUUGAAGAGUCUGCGUCUAGUCUUCCAUGGAAAUAACAGAGCCAAAAAGUGGUAUGUUGAGCGAAUCACAGUGAUGGAGAGCAUUUCAGGAUUGGAGGAGGCAAUCUUUGACUUUAACUGUUGGCUUGAUGAUGCGCGAAACAAUUCCAAAGAAGUGCACAUCAAAGAACUGCAGGUAGCAUCGUUAAUCACAGAUGAUGUAGUCCAUCGGGUGCUGGGUCAUGACCCCAUCGAAAGUCAUGGCCAUUGGGAAGCAUCUGUAUGGACAGGGCAAGAGGGAGAUGCAGGCACUAAAGAGCAGGUCUUGUUGAUACUGUAUGGAACUAAUGGACACACAGAACCCAUUCAUCUCAACAAGAAUACUUCAUUUAACCCAGGCUCUGCUGUGAAAGUGAAGAUUGAUGCUGGGAGCAUUGGACAACUGUUUAAAGUCAGGCUUAUAUUUGCAGAAGGCACAGGCAGAUCUCUGUGGAUUAUGGAACGAAUGAAGCUGAAGGAUCUUGAUACAAAUCAAGAGUUUCACUUUGACAACAGCAUUAGAGUAGAAUCCUCUCUGAAAAACCCUGAAGGCUGCACUGAGCUGCCUGCGAUCAGACCAGACAUAGCACCACUUCCAGAAACAACCUAUCUAGUCACAGUUGUAACAGGAAAUCAGCCAAGGGCAGAAACAGAUGCUGAGAUAUUUUGCACCUUGAUUGGACAAUGGGGAGAUACGGGGGAAAUUCUGUCAGACUCUAAAUCUCAUGGAGAGCCCUUCCGAAGAGGACAGACUGACAGUUUUGAGAUAAAGACUUUGUACCUUGGCAAUGUAACAAAGAUAAUGAUUGGUCAUAAUGAGAGUGGGCGAGGUUGUGGCUGGUUCUGCAAACAAAUUACUGUUCAUGCCAUCAAUGCUCCAGCCCUUGACAAAAGAGCAGAGAUUAUCUUUGAUUGCAACAGGUGGCUGGACUCUGGAUGUGAAGACCGCAAACUUGUGCGAGAACUUAUUCCUUGUGGCUCAAUUAUUCCCUCAGAUUCUGGAUCCAAAGUGCCUUCAAGAGGUGUAUGGACAUGCAAAGUCAAGAUGGCAGCAGAGGACAGACUGGAUGCAAGUUUGCCAGCUGUCUCUUUGCCAGAGCAGGUUUCUGUCACAGUAUUUGGCUCCCAUGGAGUCCGAGGUCCAAUUGAGCUGCAAGAUGAGACACGUGAUCUUUUCCUGCUUGGUCACAUUGACGAAUUCAGAGAUCUGCAGAUCGGAGACAUAGGAGAAGUUCAGAAACUAAGAGUGUGUGCUGGAAGAGAAGAUGAUGACAAUCCUGUCUGGAUGGUGGAAUGGGUCAAUUUAGAGGAUUCUGACACAAAGCAAGUGCUGCGUUUUAACUUCUCUCGCUGGAUUGGAAUGGUUGGAGGAGAUGUCACUCUAGAAGUUCCCACUCUUCACCUGGAAAAGCCUUUCCUGUCAGUGGUGCAGUAUGAGGUUCAGGUGUACACUGCAAACACAAAAGAUGCAGGAACAAAGUCCAGCGUUUUCAUCAACAUCUUUGGCAAAAAUGGAGAAAGUGGUCGUCGCCGUCUGCUCAAAAGUUCCAGAAAUAAAACCCCUUUCCAGAAUGGAAAAACAGAUGUGUUCAUCGUAGAAGCAGUUGACCUUGGUGACAUAGAAAAGAUUACAGUGACAAAAGGUCCUGGGGAUUCUUGGCAGUUGGAUCAAGUCAAGGUCAAGGCUGGUGUAUAUGCAUCUUUGAUCCAUGUCUUUAACUGGAACAAGUGCAUUGGGGAUGACGACCAUCGAUCAGAGGAUGUGGAGGUAACGAUAUUUGUCAGUGCCACUUGGCCAUCACCAGUUGCUAUUCCUGCUGAGCAGAAUGAUGAUCUUCCUGUCAGUGCUGGCCACUGGUCUGUGAAUAUAACCAGCAGUGAAGAGCCACCAGAGGGAGAUGUGUCAGACCUGGUGCUUGUCAUGUGUGGUGCCAAAGGGGAGAGCUCACCUUUGAGGUUUCACUCCACACGCAGCCAUCCUUUCCAACCAGGCCAGACUGACACAGCAGAGGUGCAUCUUGCCCAGGAUAUUGGAGACUUGUUUAAAGUCAGGUUGGGUUUUGCUGACAUCUUAUCAUACAAGACACUACAUAUUGCAAGGGUGAAAUUUGAGGACAUGGACACCAAAGACAACUUCUCUUCCAACUUGAACACCUCUCUCAAUGUCAGUGACUCAAGAGAUGGCUGGUUUGAGUUCCCUGUGGUCUGGCCUGCAGUUCAUGUCUUCCAAGUGAUAAAAUACAGAGUGUCUGUAGUCACUGGAGAUGUGGAAAAUGCUGAGACAAAAGCAGACAUUUAUAUUGAGCUGCAUGGUCACAUGGGGAGUACAGGCAAAAGACAUCUUCGUAAGUCUCUCACAAACAGCAAGAUGUUCCAGCGCAAUCAGACUGAUGUCUUUGAGCUGGAAGCUGUGACUCUGCUAACUUUAGAAAAAAUAGUUAUUGGACACAGUCAAGCGAAAGCAGGUGAAGGAUGGUUUCUAAAGCAAGUGGUGGUCACACCAGAUGGACAAGGGCCCUUUGAGUUCCACUGCAACAGAUGGCUAGAUGCAGGUAAAGAUGAUGGUCGGACUGAGAGGACGUUGCAUCUUAAGGACAAGCCAGCACGUACUCCAGAUUUACCUCCCUCUGUUGUAUCCCCAGCACAAAAGCCAAAGAGUCCUCGUCAACCUUCACCGCCAAAAGAAAAAGCACACAUAUGGAGAGUGUGGACAUCGACAGGGCAUGAGGUGGGACAGGGCACACAUUCAUCUGUAGCGCUUGUGCUGUAUGGAGACAAAGGACGGACAGAAGCUAUGAUUCUUGGAGACGGUGAAGAUGAACGUUUCCAUCUGAUAGAAGGCCAGACACAGGAAUUUGAGGUUGGGACUAACACAGAUAUUGGAAAACCUUACAAGCUUCGAGUGGGAUUUGCAGAUGAUGGAGAUCAAAUGUCCUGGUACUCAAACUUUACACUGGCUCCAACCUGGUUUUUGGAACGGAUUAAACUUGAGAACGUGGCUAACAGUAAACAGUAUGUAUUUGAAGCUAAACAGUGGAUACGUCUGGAUGAAGACCAUGAUCACUGGCAAGAAUUUCCAGUCUACACAGCAGACAGAGCCAAGAUGCUGCCGAUUAUUCAGUACUAUGUCGAGGUGUUCACUGGUGAUAAGAAUCAAGCUGAAACAGAAGCCAAUAUCUUUCUGGAAAUAUAUGGCCAACGAGGAGACACAGGGAAGCGACACUUGCAUGGUUCCACUUCAAAUCUCAAAGCAUUUGAGAGAAAUCAGAGAGAUGUGUUCAUAAUUGAGGCAGUGGACCUUGGAAAGCUGCAGAAGGUAUUGGUCAGCCAUGAUGGAAAUGGGGCUGGGUCAGGAUGGUAUCUGGACCAAAUAACCAUCAGGGAAUCAGCAAAUGGCAAGGAGAAAUAUGUUUUCAACUGUGAGAAAUGGCUAGAUGAAGGAAAGGGUGAUGGAGCAACAGAAAGAGAACUGCCACUAACAGGUGUGGUCAGUGACGAACCAGAACCAGUAAACAGUUUACCUGCAGGAGACUGGCAAGUGCAGGUUGUGACAAGUGCUGAAGAAGGCAGUGGCACAGAUGCCAGCGUGUCUCUGACUGUUUAUGGAGACAAAGGCAGCUCAGGGGCACUUCCUCUCAAGUCUGAUGACAGGAGUUGCUUUCAGCAGGGCAAGACUGAUAAAUUCAAUAUCUGGCUGGAGCCAGAAGAAAUUGGAAAGAUCCAGAAAAUACGUCUGCAGCAUGACAACAGGGGGAUGACUGAUGGCUGGAGAGUGGAGAAGGUCGUCUUGACCAACGAUAUUACGCAAGAAGUGCUUGAGUUUCCAGUAAGACGGUGGCUCUCAUUUCGUGAGAAGCAUGGUGACAUUGUCUUUGAAGCCCCAGUUGUGCGCCCUAAUGAGAAACCAUUAGCUAAAUACAAAUACUUGGUGAAGACGGUGACGGAGGCAGAUGAAGAUAGCACAGUAGAAGAUGUGUACGUUACACUUGUGGGCAGCCUGGGUGACUCUGGUCGUAGGGAACUCAAGCACAAUCUUGAGGAGCAUGCAAAGUUCCAGACAGGACAGACUGACACUUUUACCAUUGAAGCUGUUGACCUGGGGUCACUAGAAAAAGUGAUUGUUGGUCUCAGCAAUCCUGGUCCUGAAGAUGUCUGGAAGCUGCAAUGCAUUGUUGUAAGAGUGUCUGAAAAGGAAAGCUUUGUCUUCCCAUGGGGAAAAUGGCUAACUGAAGAGCACCCAGAAGCAGAGAUUCCACUGGCCAAUGUUGUAGAUGAUGGUGAUGAUGAUGAUGCUAAUGAUGAGAGGGCUGGGAGAGGACCACAGAGCCCACCAGCCUUAAGAAGUCCCCGACAUAAUGGAGGCAAAAGAGAUAAAGACAGAGCCUGAAAAACUUGAGACAGCAAAGAAUAUUGAUGCUAACGAAAAAGACGAGCAGUAGUGACUAUUUCCUGACCAAAGGCUGAAUAAUAGGUGCACAUUUGUGCUUGGUCCAUGUCUGACAACACUUUUUUUUUUUUACUAGUAAGUGAACUGAAAUAAGCUGAUCAAGAGAAUGAGAUGGAUGCUUAUACUUAUGGCUAUUAUUGUCAAAUUUUUUUUAAUGAUUUUUUACCCCAAAUACUGAUGCUGCAUAUUGCCCAGGAUUUAUUGUUUUAUCACUUUGUAAGUGAUGCUGUUUGUUUUGCAUCUGUGUGUCUGUGAACAUGAGCGCCCGUGUAUGCAUGGAUACACUUGCGCAUUGGAAUGGUGUAAAAAUGUGAAAAUAUUCCCACAUAGUAGACUUGUGCAUAUUAAAGUAGGUAUAAAAGAAGACUUUUUGCAAAAUGAUCUGGAUCUGUGAUGGACUUAUUUUUGUGUUCUUGUGACCUGGACGACUUUGGAGUAGGAAUCAUCAACAGCAAAUGGUCACUUGUGCCUUUUGCAAACAAGUUGCUAAUAAGUCAUGUGGUUUUACACUGGCCUCAUUUCACUUUACAACUAUGAUAAGCGAUGUAAAAAUUUGUUCAUAAUUAAGCUGUCUGCACUGACUGCAACAUUGUAAGCAUAAUGUACAGCCAAGAUUUAACAAAGAUUUCUUCAUCUUAUUUCCAAGACCCUCAGUGACAUGCUGCUUAUUGGGUGAUGCUUUUAUCAAUAUAAAUGUUUGAUGAUAUUUUUAGAUUAUUUGUACUGGAAUGCUUGUCCUAAUAGUAUGUUUUUGUUUUUCUCGUUUUUAUGCUUUUGAAAGACAAAAAUUAGUAUGCACAGUAGAAAUUUCAGUUUGAAUGGAGUCAGUGCAAAUGUAUAAUUGAUCAAAUAUUUUUCAUGAAUAGUUGCUUAACUCUUAUUUUGCUUGAUAGGAAUAGAAUUUUAAGCUUGCAUUUUGUACAGGUAGAGCUCUAGUCAAAGCUUCAUAAUAAUACGUCAUACCUCUAGAAAGUUUAAGAGUUUGUGGAACAGAAUCGUUGUUUUGUUUGUUGCCAAGUUUUUUUUCACUAUUUUACCUUUUAUUUCAAAUAGCAUUAGCCUGUGAUAAUUUAAUGGCAGCAGUAUAGUACUUCCAAUUUCUCCCCGAGACUUUUAUCAAGAUUUUUUUUUUUCUUAAGGGCUUACCAACCAUGUGUCUGUCUGUAUGCUUAUAUAGACAUUUGUAUUCCAAUAAGUGGAGCAGUUUUGCAAGGAAAAAAGGAACCAUAUCCAAGAACGCAUAAUUUAGUUGUCAAUAUAUAUUUGACAGCCUAUUCAUACAUGGCUUUAAGGCCUAUCUAGAAUAAUUUUAAUAGCAGCAUGGGUUUUUUUACAAAUUGCCUUUACUGGUGAUGAUCUGUGAUGCAGACAAUUUUGAAAAUUUGUACAAACCAAAGACUAAAAAUAAGCAUGUACAGUACUUUGUAUCUUUUACACAACUUUGUUGAUCAUAAAUGCUAUUUAAAUACAGAAUAAUUCUUCACAUUACAAAGAAAAUAUUUUUAAAUAUCCCAAUGGUGAUCAAGACAGCUUUUCAUUUCAACUGCUACAGGAAUGAAAAAAUAAUUUAGUUAUCCAAGUCAGCUCUUAUAAAUGAGCUGUCUAAAAUGCACAAUAGUUUCUCCAUACUGUUUGCUGUUGUAGCACCUCAUCAAACUCCCAAAAGGUCAUUUAAGCCCAAGGUUCUCAACCGGUGAUAUGUGUACCCUUAGGGAUACGAUAAGGGUUAUGCAGGGUAUGCAGCGACAUAAAUAAGCACACACCAUUAUGAAAAUAAGUACUUUUAUGUGCGAACUUACACGCAAGGGAUACCCGCGGACAUACACCCUUUGGGGUUACAGUUGCGAAAAAAAGAAUCUCUGCUUUAGACAAAUUAUUUUCAGUGUUUCCUGCCUAAGAAUUUCAUAUUUUAAAAAAGCCAAAAAUCUUAUUGACACUUGCUAAACUUAAAAUUUUUUUCAUGUUUUGUUUCUUCAGCGUAAGUUUUUACAUUGUUUCAAACCAGAUGCCAAAGCCUAUCAGAGAGUACAUUAAAAAAUCUACUCAUAUUAUCUUGUGUUGUCAUUUACUGUCCUUGAAGCAUUAUUUUGCAAGACUGUGAUACCAUUAAUGACUGUCUUGUUUACAUUACUGCUAAAUGCACUGUGUAGAAUUAAAAUGUUCAUAAUUUUACAGUUGUAUCAAUAAAUAUUUAGACCCUCUAAUA